AUGUUAAGUAUCGGAAGGUAUCCGUCGUGGACUCUAACUAAGAGUCUCAUAAUUGAUGUUACCGGAUUUAUAAGAUCAAAACAUGAAUAUGCCCCUCGAUUCACGGUACAACAAAAGAAACAGAAGGGUAGGGUUCCCGUACGAAUUGGUGGGUCCCUCAGAGGAUCUACGUUGAUAUAUGGUAAAUUUGGGAUGCGAUUGAAAUCUGAAGGCAUUCGUUUGACGGCAAGCCAGUUGAAAGAAGCAGAUAAUGCUGCUAUGAGAUACGUUAGGCCCUUAAUUAAUGGACAGCUUUGGAGACGAUUGGUAACAGAUAUUGCAGUUUGUAUCAAAGGCAAUGAAACAAGAAUGGGGAAAGGGAAAGGCGCAUUUGACCAUUGGAUGACUAGAGUCCCCACGGGUAAAAUUAUUUUUGAAAUGGAUGGUGACAAUUUGCAUGAAAGAGUUGCUCGUGAAGCGUUCAGGAAAGCUGGUACAAAACUCCCUGGGGUUUAUGAAUUUAUUUCCAGAACAUCGCCAGCGAGAGUCAGUCUGCAUGGUUUCAAAUCACCCAGUGUUAAUAAAGGAACUGGUUCCUCUGAUUUUUCAAGUAAACUAUCACAACGCUCGAUAAAGAAAACAUUAAACAGUCUGAAAGGUAAAGAACCUGAAUAUCGAUUAUAUAGAGGGCGUUGA